AUGAAACCAAGCGAGCAAGAAAUAAAAGAGGCUCAUGCGUUAAAGGACGCUUUGAGAAGCAAAAGCAAGUUUCGUCCUGAUUACUCUCAAGAAAGGUUAGACUAAUAGCAAGAGAUUUAAAAGGACAGAAUCAAAGAAUAUGAAAUUAGAAAUUUUAGAGAAAUGUUAAGAUUGAUUCCAGAAGUGAGAAAAAAGAUUCCUAAAUCAGAAUAAGAAACUUCAAUUAAGCUUUAUGAUGAUUACAAUAAUAGUGUUUAAAAAUCUACUUUAUUUAUUAUCCCUAUUUCAUUUUUCGCUUUUUGCAAUAAACGCAUGUAAAAUCUUAUGGGAAAGCCUGGAACUUUCAUUCUUUCAAUAGCAUCAACGACUAUGAUGACAUUUACUAAUUUAAUAUUUUUCUAGCCUCUCUUACAUUAGGAAAAGAUAUAAAGAUUAAGGAAUAUUUGCAAUUAAUAUAAACCAAUCAUUAGAGAUCAAAAUUAUUUAGAUUAUUUAAAUUUCAAUAAAUCUUAUAGGAUGGAUGAAAAACUCCUUUAAAAUGAAGUUAUAGCAGAUCGUGUUUAAGCUGCUUAUUAAUAGUUUAUACCAAUAUUUAAGGAAGGAAAAUAUACUUACUCUCAUAGAGGAUAGUUAAGGAAGUAGCUUUCAGAAUUAGAAGCAGAAAUAGAUGAGGAUUUUAGAAAAUAGCUUGAGGAAGGUAAAGAAUUUGCAAGACAAGUACAGUAAAAAAUGCUUUAAAGAGAGCUGUUAAAACAGUAAUAAGAAUAAUAAAAACAAUAAGAAGAAUAAAAAAUACUAUAAUAACAAAAAUGA